CCAUAUACCCAAAUCAGAUAGUGUAUUAGCAUUUGCCACACUAAAGUCUGCUCUUAAAAUCAAGUCAUAAGUAUUUGCGACAACUAGCCCACCUAAUCAAAAGAUUGUAUAUUUUUUCACUCUGAAAAUCACAGUUUGAAUGUGGCUAAGAUUUACAGUUUUAGAGUCACAAGCUUCAUAUUCCUUCAAACUUUGAUAAGUAGAAAAACUACAAAAAUCUAUUUGAAUUUCUGCAAAAACAUAAACAAUUUCUCACCCCAAUUGUAGCUGUAAAAAAAAGAUCUUUAUUAGAUCUUGACUAGACUAAGUUCGGGUCUAAUAAUUUUUUGUGCAUCAAAAUCAAGUUAUUUGAUAAUUUCAGUAAACGGGGAAAUUCUAGACAGCACUUUGACUAUUUCUUCCACAUCUCGCAACUUUCGAUUUGACACGCAAAUGGUAGUCAAUCAAAAUGCAUUCGUAAUUUUUUCUUGAACAAUUUAUAAUGACAACACACGCGAAAUUUCAACUUAGUUUGAAGUCAGUCGCUGACAGGUGAAUUGCCGCUAUCCGCUAUCUGAACUCCCGACAAACUUCCACUCCUAACUACCAUGCUACCUUUCUGCUUAGCUCUAUUGCUCUUGGUGCUUCUGUUCAGCUAUCUCCAUUUACUGGAACGUUACAGCUACUUCCGGCGUCACCAGCUGCCGUAUUUGCCCGUUUCCACCUGGACGCCGUUGGGUCAUCUAAAGCAGUUGCUAUUCUUGCGCAUUUCCUUUGGAGAUCUCUUCAAGAACAUCUACGCGGAUGAGCACACCCGUGAGGCAAAGCUGGCGGGUUUCUUUGUGUUCCAAACACCUGCGCUUAUGAUACGCGAUCCGGAGCUCAUACGCCUUGUGCUGAUCAAGGAAUUCAAUAGCUUUCUAAAUCGCUAUGAAGCUGCCGAUGCUCGACAUGAUCCCAUGGGCGCACUGACCCUGCCGCUGGCCAAGUAUCCGCAAUGGCGGGAGAGUCGUCAGUGCAUGUCGCAGCUAUUCACCAGCGGGCGCAUGAAGCAGCGCAUGUAUCCAUUGAUGCAGCAGGUGCUGAUGGACCUUGAGCGGCAUCUGGUGAAGCGUAUGUGUGGACAAUCGGAGCGCGUGCUGCCCUUGAGUGAGAUGUGUCAGCUCUAUACGACAGAUGUGACGGGCAAAUUGUUCUACAGCUGGGAUGUGGGUGGAUUGCGUGAGGGCAAAUCCCCAUUGCGCCAACAGACCAAGCAACUGUUCAGGCCCGACGUUCAAAAGGUGCUGCACUUCAUGUGCAUCUUCUUUUUGCCACAAUGGACCUGGCUGCUGCGCGCCAAGGUCUUCUCCAUGGACUAUGCCCACUUCAUGAGGCAGCUGGUGCGGCGCCACGCCACCGACACUCAGGUUGACCUGAUUAGACAGCUCCAGCAGCUCCAACAGGCACGUCCACACACACACUACGCACAGGAAGCGGACUUUAUAGCCGCACAGGCGGGCAUCAUUUUGCUUGCAGGCUUCGAGACUUCCUCCGCCUUGCUGGGCUUUACACUCUACGAGCUGGCCAAGCAGCCGAAGCUGCAGCAGCGUUUGAGGCAGGAGCUAGCCACAGCUUUUGGUGGCGACGCUCAGCUUAGUUAUGAGGCGGCAGCUACGUUGCCAUAUCUAAAAAUGGUUUGUCUGGAGGCACUGCGUCUCUAUCCCGCCGCUGCGUUCAUCAACCGCGAGUGCACCCGGGCUGAAGGCUUCGCGCUGCAACCGCACAUCGACUUUGUAAUACCCUCUGGCAUGCCGGCUUAUGUAUCCAUAUUGGGCAUACAGCGUGAUGCAAAGUACUGGCCCAAGCCCUUACAUUUCGAUCCCGAACGCUUUGCGCCGGCGCAUAUAAAAAACAUAUCACCCAUGUCCUAUAUACCCUUCGGUGCUGGUCCACACGGUUGCAUAGGCAGUCGGCUGGGCUUGCUCCAGCUAAAGCUGGGCGUGGCUCACAUUUUGAGAUCUCAUCGUGUGGAGUUCUGCGAGCGAACAGUGCCCGAAAUACGCUUCAAUCCCAAGACUUUUAUGCUAGAGUCUCUGGAUGAAUUAUACUUGCGUUUCUGCGUUGACCCACUGUAGAUAAAACUAAUAUAUAUCAAUUACUUAGCGGCUGUGAUAUUCGAUCAUUAAACCUUAUGUAAGUACUGUUCAAUUA